CAACUAUUUUAUCGUCGUUGAUUGAUUAAAAUUUCUGUAUGAAAAAGGAUUACUAUAAAAAGCGACUCUUCUUAGGCUCAUUGAUCACUUCCUAAAAGUCAAAGAGUGUUUAAUUGUCAUGUGUUAAAAAUCAAGAAAAUUUAUUAUUGGAAAUUGUCUGUCUCAAAGUGACCAUCUGCAUGUUGUCAAAAAUUAUCCAAAGUUAAACUAUAUCAGCACCAGAAGGGCUUCGUCAUGUUUUUGACACAUUCCAUUUAUAUCAGUUUUGCUGCAAGCUUUUGUCUUUAUAUUGGUGGAAAUGCAGCUCCAAGCAAUGUUGGCAAAUGUAUCUUACCAAAUCACCCUCCAAAUGGAAAAUGGGAGAUUAUAGGAGAAUCUGAAUCAAGACCAGGAUCAAGAGUGCCAUUUGCUACUAUUCUAACAUUUUCCUGUGACGAAUUAUAUAGACUGUCAGAAGACCACAGCGCGAUAACUUGUCUUGGUGAAGGUUGGAGCGCACCUCCUUUGGAAUGUCUACGUAUAGAAAAGACGAACAAAGUAAAGAGAAGAAUAAAACUAAGAAGAAAUUCAAACGAAGAGUCGUCAGACGAAGACUCAGAUGACUCAUAUGGAAACGGAAAAGGAGGUCAUGGAGUUGUAAUUAAAUCUGGUGGAAAAAGGAUAGUAAUAGGUCCGGGAGAAGAAGGAAGUUCAGGACAUGGAGGACAAGGAGGACAUGCAGUCAUAAAAGACGGAGUAAUAGUUGUAGCAGAAGGUGGAGGUCGAAGAAAAGAAGUAAUAGGCCCAGAUGGAGGUCGGAGAAAAGAAAUAAUAGUAGAUGGCGGUCAUGAAGGCAAUAUAAGGACAAAACAUAGAAAGCAACCGGUUUAUGAAGACGGUCGUGGAGGUCAGGCUGGAAUAGUAAUCCAAGAGGGGGACGUAGUUCAUGGAGACGUUAUAGGAGUUGGACAACCCGGACGUAAUGGUGGCAGAGGCGAGGAUGGAGUUGUCAUUACUGGAGGAAGAAUAAACAGAGAUAUAAUAGGAAUUGGUGGUAGGGGAGGAAAUGCUGAGCCGGAAGAACAAGAAAAUUAUAACGAAAAAGAUGACGCAAUAGUAACGAGGCAAAAGAGAGGAGGUCGAGGAGGAGACGGAGUCGUAAUAAGUGGAGGAGUUAUAAGUGGAGGAACUAUAAAGGGAAAAGGAGGACGUGGAGGAAACCGUAAAAGGCGUGAAGUACAAGAAGACGACCAACCAAUUUUUCAAGAAAAUUAUGAACAAGAAGGUAUCAUAGUAGCCAGACAAAAGAGAGGAGGCCGAGGAGGAGAUGGAGUCGUAUUAAGUGGAGGAACAAUAAGUGGAGGAACUGUAACGGGAACAGGAGGACGUGGAGGAAAACGUAAAAACCGUCAAGUAAAAGAAGAAAACCAACUUAUUCUUCAAGAAAACGAUGAAGAAGCAGAAGAUGCAAUACUGACGAGGCAAAAGAGGGGAGGUCGAGGAGGAGAUGGAGUUGUAAUGAGUGGAGGAACUAUAAGUGGAGGAACUGUAACGGGAACAGGAGGACGUGGAGGAAGUCGAGGAAAAAAACGUAAAAACCGUCAAGUACAAAAAGAAAACCAACUAAUUCUUCAAGAAAAUGAUGAAGAAGGAGAAGAUGCAAUACUGACGAGGCAGAAGAGAGGAGGUCGAGGAGGAGACGGAGUUGUAAUGAGUGGAGGAACAAUAAGUGGAGGAACUGUAACGGGAAAAGGAGGACGUGGAGGAAAUCGUAAAAACCGUGAAGUACAAGAAGAAGAAGAAGAAGAAGAAGAAGAAGAAGACCAACUAAUUCUUCAAGAAAAUGAUGAAGACGGAGAAGAUGCAAUACUGACGAGGCAAAAGAGAGGAGGUCGAGGAGGAGAUGGAGUUGUAAUAAGUGGAGGAACUAUAAGUGGAGGAACUGUAACGGGAACAGGAGGACGUGGAGGAAAACGUAAAAACCGUGAAGUACAAGAAGAAAACCAACUAAUUUUUCAAGAAAAUGACGUAGAAAGAGAAGAGACAAUUCUGACAAGGCAGAGAAGAGACGACGAUGACGACGACGACGAUGACGAUGACGACGGAGGAGCCGGAGGAAAUGGUUUCGUAAUGAGUGGAGGAUAUGUAGAUGCAGGUACUAUAAAGGGAACAGGAGGACAAGGAGGAAACCGUAAAAGGCGUGAAUAUAAUUUUCAAAAGAGAAGAUCUGACGGAGUCGUAUUUGGUGGAAGUGGACCUGUAGGUGGAAUACCUAUAAGCGGAACACAUGGAAGACACCGCGAAAGCCGUGAAAUACAAGAGGAAAACCAACUAAUUCUACAAGAACACCAAGCAGCAUUUGGGAAGAGGCAAAAGAGAUCACCAAGAAGAGGUGGAAAUGGUGUAGUAGUAAAAAGAGGAGGAACUGUAUACGGAAAUGUCUUGGGAGUUGGAGGACGAGGGGGAAAUCGUAAGGGCAGAGGUGGAAAUGGAGUCAUAGUAAAAAGAGGAGGAAGAAUAAUCGGAAAUGUAGAUGGAACUGGGGGAAAUGGUUGUAGAAAAUGAGGCGUAUGUGAACAACUCUAAGAAUGUCUUCAAUGUGUGUACAUAUAAAAGCAAUGAAUUUUUUUACGAACCCAAAAAUUUGAAUCAUUAGUUAUGUAAUUGGUAUUUUAAGAUAAUUAAUAGGAAAUAAAAAAUAAAAACUUAA